CGCGUGCGCGUUGAAGGUGGGCUGUAGAACGAACACUCAUCUGUUCAUUUUAGCCCGUCGUCCGCCGAUAUGAAUAGCCGUCAGCUCCGUAGGCUCGCUGCCAUCAGCCCCCUUUACAAACAGCCGGCGACAUGCAUCUGCUAUCGACAUUAUAGUCAAGUGAGACCCGUAUAUGUUAUACAAAGACCUAAAUGGCGUAAUUCAGCACCGAAUUUCUAUGCCGCUCAGUCUAUCGACAUGAGAGUACGUGAAGGCUCACACAAAAACGCAGAUGAUGUUCUGUUUGACAUGUUUAAAAAUGAAGAUACAGGACUACUUCCAGUGGGAAAGUUUCUAGCUGCGUUAAGAACGACUGGAAUCAGAAAAAACGAUCCUAGGGUGAAGGAAGUCAUGCAAAAUUUGUACAAGGUACACAAAGAAUCAAACUUUGAAAGCGGAUCACCAGAAACACUUAAAUUAGACAGGAAAACGUUUAAAGAAGUCAUUUCUCCUAACAUCGUAUUGAUUACGAGAGCUUUUCGCAGUCAAUUUGUUAUACCAGAUUUUCAAGAUUUCAUUAAAGAUAUUGAAGAAAUGUAUUGGGCGGCUAAAAGCAACACGGAUGGUAAAGUGGCUAGCUACAUUCCGCAAUUAGCUCGAGCUAGCUCAGAAAGUUGGGGCGUUAGUGUUUGCACUAUCGAUGGACAACGCUUUUCUAUUGGUGACGUUAAUGUGCCUUUCACUCUACAGUCUACAAGUAAACCGUUGACAUAUGCGAUGGCACUCGAAACUUUAGGCCCUGACGUGGUGCAUAAGUACAUUGGCACCGAGCCUAGCGGACGUAACUUCAAUGAACUCGUCUUAGAUCACAACAUGAAACCUCACAACCCUAUGAUUAACGCCGGUGCAAUCUUGGUUUGCUCGUUAUUGAAGACGUUAGAUAAACCAGAGAUGACUCUGGCAGAAAAAUUCGACUACGUUAUGUCAUUCUUUAGUCGUCUCGCCGGGAACGAAGUAUUGGGUUUCAAUAACGCGGUAUUUUUAUCUGAACGUGAAGCUGCGGAUAGAAAUUAUGCUUUAGGAUUUUACAUGCGGGAGCAUAAAUGCUACCCAGAAAAAACUAAUCUGCGAGAAUGUAUGGACUUUUACUUUCAGUGCUGUUCGAUGGAAGCUAACUGUGACAUUAUGUCAAUCAUGGGUGCUACACUGGCGAAUGGUGGUAUUUGUCCAAUCACCGAUGAAAAAGUUCUUCGUCCUGAUUCCGUUCGCAAUGUUUUGUCAUUAAUGCAUAGCUGUGGAAUGUAUGACUAUUCCGGCCAGUUUGCCUUUAAAGUAGGUCUACCAGCAAAGUCAGGAGUAUCAGGCGCUAUGCUCAUUGUUGUUCCAAAUGUCAUGGGCAUUUGCACAUGGUCUCCUCCACUGGAUCCUCUUGGAAAUAGCUGCAGAGGUCUCCAAUUUUGCGAUGAAUUAAUCAAGCGUUUCAAUUUCCAUAAAUAUGAUAAUAUUCGCUAUGCAAGUCACAAAAAGGAUCCUCGUCGUUACAAAUUCGAAUCCACGGGUCUCAGUAUUGUAAACCUUUUGUUCUCAGCCGCUAGUGGAGAUUUAAGCGCUCUACGAAGGCACCAUUUAUCUGGAAUGGAUAUGACUCUAUCAGAUUACGAUGGACGUACAGCAUUACAUCUUGCAGCUGCAGAAGGACAUCUAUCUUGUGUAGACUUUUUACUGGCGCAAUGCGGCGUACCCCAUGACCCACAAGAUCGCUGGGGAAGUCGACCUCUGAACGAGGCUGAGACUUUCAAUCAUACAGCAGUUGUUCAGUAUUUAAAGGAAUGGGAACGUACCCAUCCAAGUCAGAUCAAGCAAAUCGAACAAAGCACUGAUAGAGUAGAUGAGAUUCUUGACGUAAAACGUGAGGCUGAAGAUAUAGAAGUCAAAGACCCUAGCACACAAGAAAUAGUGUCCAGAAAUGGUGACAAAAUUCAGUAAAUAUUUAAAUCUUAUUAUUUAUUAGGUAGGUGUGUUAAAUCUUCAAAUAUUAUUGUAGUGUAUGUAUGUUAACAAUUAGCAGGAUUAUAUCUUAAUUGUAAGAAAAACAAUCUAUAGACACUCGAACAGGCAAGAUCGUGCCUUUCUGUCAUGAGUUGACAAAACAACUUGUUAAUCAAAUGAAAUCUAUGUUUAGUUUCAAAACUGUAAACAAACUAUUUCUUGUGACUUGUGAGAACGACGAUUAUGAUAGAUGACAUUCAAAACAUAUAAGUACAAGUAGGGAUAAACAUAAAACUGAUGCCGUUAAUAUCCAAAACAUUAAAUAAAAAUUUUGCUAUGCUGACCAAAUUACUAUAAAUUAUUCUACCAAAUAAUUAUUCGACUCUCUAUGAUGUAUAAAACAUCUAUAAUAAGAAAAAAAGCUUUCUCUUCAUGAGGUAUGAUAUACUAAUAUUGACGUGAAUCUCAUGAUUUUUGAUCUAAAUUAUAAGAUACUUGCAAUAUUAUAUUUAUUUAACAGAAUGAAAGUUAUAAAAAGAAUAGGGGCUGUGAUAUUUUUAAGUCGCAUUAAACUAAGCAUACUUUUACUUUCCUUUUUUUCUCAGUAAUUUAAAGUAUAUAUUAAGUUGUGAUUAUCUACCAGACAAUACCCUAGUAAUAAUUAAAAAUACGAUUAAUUUUCCUUACAAAUUUAGCAACUAUAUUUUCGAAUACUUACAUGGGAUGUUUUUGGUUACCUUCACACUCGUUGAUAACAUUUAAAAUUAAAACUAUUUUUUCAAGGUUACAUUCAAUUUUCAUGUACUUAAAGAAGGAAACAAUUUUUUUACGAAUAUAUCACAAUGUCACAAUCCGCCAACCCGCAGUGGAACAGCGUGGUGGAUUAAUCUCCAAUCCUUCUCCUACGUGGAAGAAGAGGCCUCUGCCCAGCAGUGGGAUGUUACAGACUGAAUGCAAUAUCACAGUAAUUAUAAAUCGAAACGAAGUCUUGAAUUUAUAACAUUCCAUAAUCAACGUUCCUCUAUGUAAUUCGUAACCAAAACUUUCCUUCGCAUAUUUUAAUAACACAACAACGGCAACUCGUUAAAAAAGUUGAAUUAUAUUUAAGCUUGUUAACGUUUAAAUAUAAAGUAAAAUGCUGUAACACCUGUUUUAUCUCGAUGUGACAAUAAAAUAUUGAAACUGUGUGGUAGAUUA